AUGCUUGCCGGGCUGUGUCUUCAUGUCUUAUAUUUCUGUGGUUUGGGCUGCUAGUUAGAGAAGAAGAAAUCGACAUAUGGAGUGAUUCUUACCCAUGGAGCUGGAGGAGAUAUGAAUUUCCCUCACUUAGUAUCUUUGGCAGCCUAUCUUGCAUCCCAUGGAGUUCUGUGCCUGCGGUUUACUUGUAAAGGCCUUAACAUUGCUUAUAGGACUAAGGCCUUCAAAACAGUUGUGGAAUACUUAAAGCUUUCUGAUGAUUAUAAACUUUCGGGCGUCUUCCUUGCAGGCCGUUCCAUGGGCUCACGAGCUGCUGCCUCUGUGAUACGUCAUCUUAGCCAGGAGGAUGACGAUGACUUCAUUCAAGGUCUAGUAUGUUUAUCUUACCCAUUGCAUCGACCAAAGCUUCAGUCCAAGCUCCGGGAUGAAGAUUUAUUAUUAAUCAGGUGUCCGGUGCUGUUUGUCUCAGGAUCAGCAGAUGAGAUGUGUGAAAAACAAUUGCUAGAAGGUGUGGCAAGCAAAAUGAAAGCCCCUAAAAAAAUCCACUGGAUUGAUAAAGCAAACCAUGGGAUGGCAGUCAAAGGACGAACAACAGAUGAUGUCAUGGAAGAAAUCAAUGCCCAAGUUUUUUCUUGGCUUAGAGAGAAUAUUGAACUGGAGCACAAAUGAUUUGCAGUGUUUAAGCAGUAUCUUCAUUUAGCUUUUCCUAAAUACAGCAAAUUAGAGUUUGUUAUUUCUGAGAGACAUAUUUUUAAAACAGGUAUUUUCAGAGGUCUAAGUGUAAAUGCAAAUAAAACAUUUUUGUAUGAAU